CACAAUUCGCUUUGUUGUUCGUUUAAACACCGAUGACAGGAAAUUCUCCGUCUAUCCAUCUGCGCAGAGGGACUUAUAAGGAAGUGAGGAAUAACGGACAUCAGGAAGUGUACGAUCGACAUAUAGUCAUCUGCGUCAGUCACUCACGGACCAUCACCGCAAUUUGUUAAGGCUUUCAACACCAGAGCUAAGUAAAAUGGAACUAACACUUCUCUUGCUUACGGCGAUGUUUCAACAUAUUACUGGACAAUCGGGGCACGUCAUCACGCUGUCAGCCGAUCCUGGGCAGAUACUAAUAGGAGGCAGUUAUCCAACUCCACAGCUGACCGUGAACUGUUCAGUUAAGACAGUAGCUGCAUCAAACAUAACACGUCUCAAUGAAAUCAUGAUCGGAAGGGUCUAUGGAAGAAGGCGUGACAUCCAGCCUAUAGUAACAGCAACCAAUUCGUCGCCUGUAGUGCACGAAACAGGUCUGCAGUCGCGCCUCACAGCGACUGGAUCGUUCAGCGCUACCACUGGCUAUCUACAGAUUGUUCUCACACAGCUCGAGUGCUCAAGCGCUUUUGCCUACUCCUGUGCAUCCCGUUUCGAGCUUGGCCCUGUCAACGGAAACGAUCAGGUCACUGUGAACGUGUCAAUCAUAAACAAUCCCCCCAAAAGGUUGACGAUAUCACAGGUCCCUGUCAGGAGCCUCUAUUACAGAGAUGAGCUUGUGCGUUUCUCAUGCAGUGGUAGAAUUGGUAACGAGUUUGACAAAAAUGUCAGGAACCUUUGGACAUGGGAAUGGCGAUCUGUGGGCAGUGUGGUUACCCCCUGGACACGGUACCCAAACAGCACCAGCAUCAUCUACAACCCUGUCAGGCAAGUACCUGCCUCGGGUGGAUGCGAGUACUCUGUUGGUUCAACACUCACCCACAGAGUGUCAUCCUUGGACAUCAAGAGGCAGUUCAGAUGUUCUGUGCAGGGAGAGUUCAGUACUUCUGCAUCACUGUCUACUGAAGAUUCGGAGUCCUCGGUGGCUGUUAAAGUGGCGAUGUACAGGGACAUCAACAUUGUUGUUCUGUUUUUGGCGAUUCUUCUGUCCUAUUAUUAACUGUGCCCGACGGAAGUCGAUGUUAGGAUUGGUCCCAAGGAACCUUAUAGUAUGCGGGUCUUAAGACGUUCCCAGAAACCUAUGCGGGUCUUAAGACGUUCCCAGAAACCUAUGCGGGUCUUAAGACGUUCCCAGAAACCUAUGCGGGUCUUAAGACGUUCCCAGAAACCUAUGCCGCAAACACAUCCCAUGCUGGUCGUAAGCGGUCCCCAGAAACCUCUGAUGGUCUUAAAAAGUCCCCAGGAAACAACCCGUGCUUGUCGUUAGAGGUCAUCAGAAACAUGUGCUGGUCGUAAGACAUUCCCAGAGUGAGUGA